CGCUCUUUGAAUGUUGUACAAAGCAUUCUAUGUGAAUAUUUUAAGCUUUCCUGAAAAUUAUAUUUAAUUUGAAUUUGUAACACGAAUAUAACAGAAAAUAUGCAUUUGUGUGUUGAAUAAACAUAUUGUUUUAAAAUUAUUGGGUAAUUUAAUAAUAAAUGAAUAAUUUAUAAACGUGUGACUACGAGGGACUUGAUUGUAUUAUUUUGGUAUACGAGAUGGAGUCACGUUUACCAAAGCCAAAAUUUAAUUUAUCAAAAAUAGUAAGUACAGAAAAUAUAAAAACAAAUAAUCAAAAAAUGUCAAAAUACCAAAAUGAUUUGCCUGAUGCAAGUUCUAAUCAUGUUUCUGAUAAUUUAAAAAAAACUAAAAGUACAAUAAAUAUCACUGCAAAAUGUAGAAAUGAAAAUAAACCUCCAACAAAACAAAUUUUAAGUAGAUCAAAAACUAUGUCUUCUAUUACUACUAGAGCUAUGAAAAGACCAGCUAAUGCUCCCAUUGUACAUGGAGAAACUAAAAAACCUUUUACUAAACCUCCUAUUAAGCCAAAAGUUGUGCAACGAACUGGCACUACAUUAACAAGUAAUACUAUUAGCAAAUCUAGUCAAGAUACAACAAAUAAAAAAGUACAAAAUAAUACUACAACUAAGCCUUCAAAGUGGGACUUAAAGGGUCGAUUGGCCCAUACUAGUGACGAACUGUCUAGUGUACGACAGAAAUAUAAAGAAACUUUAUUAAAAUAUAAUGAAAUUCAAGAACAAUUGAAUAUAUUGAAGACAAAUGAAAAUACAUGUAAAAUAAAAGCAGAAGAAUAUGAAAAUUUAAAUAAGACAUUAAAUAAUGAACUUAAUGAAUUAAAAAUAGAAAUAAAUAAAAUGCAAGAAGAAAAAGAAAAUUUAAAAAAAUGUUUGAAAGAUACAGAAGAAUCAUUUAAAAAUGUUUCAAAAAUGUUGGAAGAAUUUAAAGAGAAAUGUAUUUCUCAAGAAACAUUACUUCUAAAACAUGAAUUUUUAAUAAAAGAUUUAGAAACAAACUUGGAAACUGAAAGAAAGGUUAAUGAAAAAUUGAUUACAGAUAAAAAUGAUUUGCAAUCCUUGGUUCAUACAAUGGACAAAGAUCGUAGAAUUUUGCAUAAUACAAUACAAGAAAUGAAAGGAAAUAUAAGAGUAUUUUGUAGAGUCCGUCCUAGGACUCCAAAUGAAUUUGGAAAACCGAUGUGUAUUAUGAACUUUAUAGAUGAGUGCACUAUUGAAGUAGGAAAAUUUGAUGGAUCUGAUGCAAUUAGUUGUAGUGGAAAAUUAAGAGGAACCCGACAAGAAUUUACUUUUGAUAAAGUUUUUCCUUCGACAGCUAGUCAAAAAGAUAUUUUUGAAGAAUUAGCUUUAUUAGUUCAAUCUGCCCUAGAAGGGUAUAAUGUUUGUGUAUUUGCAUAUGGUCAGACUGGUUCUGGUAAAACAUACACAAUGGAAGGUUUACCAGGCAUUGAAAAAGAAGGCAUGAUUCCUAGAACGGUACGACAUAUAUUUGAAGAAAUGAAAGAAUUUCAAUUACUUGGUUGGGAAUAUCGAAUAGAAGCUAGUUUUCUUGAAAUUUAUAAUGAACAUAUUGUUGAUUUACUUGAUUCUCAAUCGAAAAUACAUGAAAUUAGAAUGGCCGAUAGUAAGGGACAUGAUUUGUAUGUCAGCAAUCUUAAAAUAGAGGAAAUUCACAGUCCUGAAGAAUUACAUGAAUGUCUUUUAACAGCACAACGUAAUAGAGCAGUUGCAGCUACUCAAUCGAAUGAACGAUCAUCAAGAUCGCAUUCAGUAGCAAGAAUAAAACUAAUUGGAAUACAUAAGACAAAAGAAGAGGUUUCAAUAGGAAACCUGAACUUGGUUGAUUUAGCAGGAUCUGAAAGAUUGAAAGGUGAAGAAUCAGUACGAUUAGCAGAAACGAAAAAUAUAAAUAAAUCACUGGCAAAUUUGGGCAAUGUUAUUCUUGCUCUCUUGAAAAAGCAGGAACACAUUCCAUACAGAAAUUCCAAACUCACUCAUUUAUUAAUGCCAUCUUUAGGUGGUAAUUCAAAAACUUUAAUGCUAUUGAAUAUAUCUCCUUUAGACGAAUGUUAUAAUGAAACAUUGAAUUCAUUAAGAUUUGCUAGCAAUGUAAACAGUUGUAAAACAGGUAACGCAAAAAGAACGCGAACAGUUUUACAAAAUACUACAUAAAAUUUCUCAGGACAUAAUAUUUUUUGUAAUUAAAAAUAACAAAAUGAUAGCUUUCAGCUAUAUUUAAACUAUUUUAAAUAUUCGAAGGUUAGUCUUUUGUAUCAUCUCAUUCUUUUUUUUAAAAUUAUACCAA